AUGUUGAUUGAAGAAACUUUCAAAGACUUUAAAACCGAAGACGGUACUGACUUACGUAUUCACAUUAUUUCACCAAAGGUUCCUGGUUAUCCAAAUGCUAAGUUCCCAGGUGUAAUUGUUUAUAGUGAAAUUUAUCAAGUCACUGGUCCAGUUCGUAGACUUGCUCAAAGAAUUGCUUCUGAAGGUUACGUCGUCGUUGCUCCAGCUAUCUACCAUAAUUUUGUUGGUCCAGAACCACUACCUUAUGAUGCUGAAGGUACUGAUAUGGGUAAUGCCUUUAAGAUUAAGAAGACUGUAGCUUCUUAUGAUGAAGAUAACAAAUUGUGUUGUGAUUUGUUGUACUCAUUACCACAAUUCGAUGGUAAGAAGAUUGGUGCCACUGGUAUGUGUUUGGGUGGUCAUUUAGCAUUUAGAGCUUUGAUCGAUAAGAGAGUUUCUUGUGCUACCUGUUUCUUCCCAACUGAUAUUCAUUCCAGAACUCUAGGUUUAGGUAAGAACGAUGAUUCUUUGUUCAGAGUUUCUCAAGAAGCUACAAAGGACCAAGAAUUGGUAUUAAUUUUCGGUACUCUUGAUACCCAUGUUCCACCAGAAGGUAGAGAUUUAAUCAGAAGAACAUUGAGAGAUCAUGAUGUUAACUUCACAUUUUUGGAAAUCCAUGCUGCCCAACAUGCUUUUAUCCGUGAUACUUCUAGUAAAGGUAGAUACGAUGCUUCAAUUACUGAAAGUUGUUUAGGAUUCUUGACUGAACAAUUUAACAGAAAAUUGAAAUGUGACUUGGGUGAAUUUGUCGAUAACAUCAAGAAACCAGAACACGUUUGUUAA